GGUGUAAAUACUUCAAAAGUCCGUCCUUUUUGCCAUGUGGUCAGGCCCGUAGCGUAGCUGGCCGUGUUUGUUUACAUCCUUGGAAAACGUAUUUGUUCGCCGUGGAAAAAGGAUGGUGCGCCACAAUAAUCAGCUGCCGGACAAUUUGCCGCAGCUGCAGAACCUGAUCAAGCGCGAUCCGGAAUCGUACCGCGAUGAGUUCCUGCAGCAGUACCACCAUUUCCACAGCGUGCUGGACAUCUUCCGGCUCGAGCCGGACAAGGAAAACAAGAGCCUGUGCGAGUCGAUCAUGUUUCUGGCGCAGAUCGCCCAGUGCUACCUGGACGACCUGAAGGCGUUCCCGCAAACGCUGGUCGACCUGCUGAAGACGCACUCGACCACGCUCGAUCCGGAGAUGCGCAACACGUUCUGCCGGGCGCUGAUACUGCUGCGGAACAAGAACCUAAUCUCGCCGCUCGAUCUGCUGGAGCUGUUCUUCCAGCUGCUGCGCUGCCCGGACAAGGCGCUGCGCACGUUCCUGGAGAACCACAUCAUCAACGACAUCAAAAACAUGAACGCCAAGCAGAAGGACAUGAAGCUGAACUCGACGCUGCAGAACUUCAUGUACACGAUGCUGCGGGACACGAACCCGAAGGCGGCCAAGAUGUCGGUGGACAUCAUGAUCGAGCUGUACCGGAAGCAGGUGUGGAACGAUGCGAAAACGGUGAACGUGAUCGCGAACGUGGGCUGCUUUUCCAAGUUUACCAAGGUGCUGGUGGCGUCGCUCAAGUUUUUCCUCGGCACGGACCAGCAGGAGGAGGACGAGGAUGAGGAGGACAGCGACCGGGAGGUGGACCUGAAGGGCAUCAUGAUGGCGGCCAAGGUGAACAAGAAGACGAAGAAGCGCAAGAAGAAGGUGGAGGCGGCCAAAAAGCUGUACACGCAGGCCCAGAAGAAGAAGAAGCGCCCGGUGGCGUUCAACUUCUCCGCCAUCCAUCUGAUACACAACCCGCAGGGCAUGGCGGAAAGUCUGUUCAAGCAGCUGCAGGACGGGAACGAACGGUUCGAGGUGAAGCUGAUGCAUCUGGACGUCAUUUCGCGACUGAUCGGCAUUCACGAGCUGUUCCUAUUCAGCUUCUAUCCGUACAUAACGCGCUUUGUGCAGCCCCAUCAGAGGCAGGUCACGCGCAUACUGCAGUUUGCUGCCCAAGCGUCCCACGAGCUGAUUCCGCCGGAAAUCAUCGAACCGGUCAUAAAGACGCUGGUCAACAACUUCGUCACCGAGCGGAACUCGAGCGAUGUCAUGGCGAUCGGGCUGAAUGCGGUGCGUGAAAUCUGCGUCCGCUGUCCGCUCGCGAUGAACGAGGACCUGCUGCGCGAUUUAACGAUGUACAAGAACUAUAAGGAAAAGUCGGUCAUGAUGGCGUCGAAGGCGUUGAUAAUGCUGUACCGCGAGCAGAUGCCGACGCUGCUGGCCAAGAAGGACCGGGGCCGACCGACGGAAGCGAGCAUGGAGAUUAAAGCGAAGCGGUAUGGCGAGAUUAAUGCUGCGGAGUACAUUCCCGGCACGGAAGCACUGCUGCGGGAGGAUGCGCCCGAGCUGGAGGGGGAUGCUGGGCCGGGCGGGGACGAGUCGGAUUCGGACUGGAUCGAUGUGGACAGCAGUGAGGAUGAGUUCGAAGCCGCGUUGCGUGAGGAGAAGGGUAAGAAGGGUAUCACGAUGAUAAAAUCUUCCAAAACUAAGAAAAAGGAGGAUGAGGACGAAGAAGAAGAGGAGGAUGAAGAAGACGAUGAGGACGAGGAGGAAGAUGAAGAUGAUGAGGGCGAUUGGGAAGAUUGCAGUGAUGAGGAAGAGGAAGAAGAACAGAAGCAAAUUGAGGAGCAGAAGCAGAAAAAAUCGAAAAAGCGAGGAAAGUACAGGCCGAAGAAAAUUCCCACAGUAACCAAGGCAACCGCCGCUAGCAAGGAGGCGGAAACAGUUUCUGAACAACCGGCCGAGGAAAAGCCAGGCGAGCAAACGCUCAACACGGCCGAGGCGAUGCAGGAGCUGGCGCUGACGAAGAUCUUCACCGACGCCGACUUUGCGCGCAUCGAGCAGGAGCGCGUGAAGAAGCAGGUGACGCACCACAGCCGCAAGCGGCAGCUGGAAACGGAGCGCAGCGAGUUCGUGAAGCUGGACGCGAUCGAGAUGAUCUACAAGCGGCGCAAGGCGGACAAGCAGGCGCGCGUGGAAAGCAUGCAGCGGGGGCGCGAAGAUCGGGAAAAGUUCGGCUACAAGGACAACCGCAUGAACCCGCACUGCUCCAAGACGAACCGCGAGAAGCAGAAGAACAAGAACUUCACGAUGAUCCGGCACAAGGUGCGCGGCAAGGUGAAGAAAUCGUUCCGCGACAAGCAGAUGUCGCUGCGGAAGCACUUGCUGCACGUUAAAAAGAUGAAAUAAAGCGCUGCGGUAAGCUGGUUUGGGCGUCUACUUUUGAAGGAAUGUAGUGCCAAUGCAAAACAAA